UUUUGCCGGUCCCUCGCAGCGCUCUCAUCGCCGGGCGGAGGCGGCAGCGGCCGGGCCCGGUGCCCGGGGCUGUGAGGGGAGCGGGCACCGCACGGAGCCAUGGCCAUCGCCGCCGUGCCCGCGGCCGAGUCCCGGCUCUGCGGGAACUGCAAAAAGGACAUUCCUGCAGUCAAUUUUGUCAUCCAUGAAAUCCACUGUAGAAGAAACAUUGAAAUAUGCCCCUACUGCAGCGACUCCAUCCCAAAGUCUGAGAUGAAGAACCACAUUGAGUCUGAACAUGUGCAGGUCACCUGCAAGUGUAGGAUGAAGAUGGAAAGCAGCCUCCUAAAGGAUCAUGAGGCAUCCUCUUGCCCCCUGCGCCCCGUGCUGUGCCAGUUCUGUGACAUCCAGCUGGCCUUCAGCAAGCUCCAGGAGCACGAGCUCUACUGCGGGGCCAGGACCGAGCCCUGCGGGCGCUGCGGCCGCCACGUCCUGCUCAGGGAGCUGCCGGAGCACCCGCGGGUCUGCGGGACACGGGAGACACCGGAGAGGGCAGCCGAGGGCAGCGCCACCGCGCCGGCCUCCCGGAGUGAGGGUGGAGCCAGGGGGAACCGGCGGGGAGCAGGGGAUGAGCCAGAGAGACCUGAAAUCCUUCAUUCCCAGCUUGCUGAAGACUGGAAUGCUGACCUGGACUAUGUGUUGGCUCUCAGCCUGCAAAGUGAGAAUAAUCCUCACCAUAAUUCUGCAGCUGACAUUCCCAGGGAUUUCUGGGAAUACGACUACACCAAAGAGCCUGGACAAUCUGCCCACCUUGGUGGAACAGACCUGUCCAACAUCUCCUGUGACUCUCCAGGGUCCUUUGGCACAUCAAACCACAGCAAAAUAGACAAGGACAUGAUCAUGUUGCCCUGCGAGUUCUGUGAGGAGCUGUGUCCUGCUGAAGAUCUGAUCCUUCACCAGACAGGGUGUAACCCAGCAAGUGCCGUUGCUUCGUUCAGUAAGAGAAGUUCGUCUGCAAAUCCAUGGGAAUACAGUGGUCUGCAGGCUGGGGGGGCCAACAGCCACAGGACUGUCCCUUCAUCCCAGCCCCAAGCUGUCCAGGAAGAAGGAGACAUCAUGAUUCCAUGUGAAUUCUGUGGCAUCCAGCUGGAAGAGGAGAUUCUCUUUCAUCACCAGUGUUUCCCCAGGAAUUUUCACCUGAGUGAACUUCACUUGACCAGCACUGUGUGUUCUGUGCAGCACCACUGUGACCUGCGCCCUGCCAGCCCCACAGGUGACACUGCAGCUCGGGAGGUGCCAGCCCAGCCCCACGGGGACAGACGGGAAUCGCCGGAGCCGGCUCGGCGACGGAUCCGGCACCAAGGAGAUGUUUCUCCUUGGCACGCAGAAGGCUCUGGGAAGCUGGGGCUGUGCCCUUCUGCAGGGACCAGGCUGAGGACCGAGGUGGCCAAGGCUGGGAGCGCAGCAUUGUCCCCUCCAGGGAGAGCCGGUGACGCUCCGGCUGUGCGGGGCAAGCCCGGGAAGGGGAGUGGCAGUGAGGGGACACGGAAGGACAGGGGUGACUCUGCAGCUGGGACAGCACCCCGGGCCAGACCUGCUCGGCAAUUCCAGGCAGAAACCUUCACUUCCAGCUCCUCCAGAGCUUCUCCAGCCCAGCCAAGCUCUGGCACUGCAGGAGGAGGAAGGAGCCUGGGGCUGUCGGACGGGCGCAGCGGCCUCCGGCACCGGAGCUCCAAGGCAAAAGCCCAGAGCCCAGCAGCCGGACACCCAGAGGAGUGAGCCAGUGCCUGUGGAAAACAUGGAACGCCCGGCCCUGCCCCCCGGCUCUGCCAGACUCUUGCAAGCAAAUUCUAACACUGAGCUUCAAUUUUUAGGCAGUGACCAUUUUCUAAAUCUCUAUUUUUAAUCUGUGAGAGCAAACUUCAGGUUUUUAUGUCUCUGAUCGCCUCGAGCACCACCCCCACGGCAUCAAAUUGAAUCUCACCUUGGGCCCCACCUGAGUUCUGUGUCCCUGUGGGCUCCUUGUGCCACCCUGAGCUCUGGGUGUGUCCUGCCCUGGAAUGCUCAAGGGACAGCUGGUGACACCAACAGGGAGCAGUCAGUGCUCUGGACCUGUCCCACGCAGAGCAUGGGUGAGGGUUGGGGCUCCAAGGCUUCUCAGUGCUGCAUUUUCAAGUUUAAAGCUUUUUAAGUUAAGUUUCUUGGAAUAAAAUUUCUCUAAGACUGUCCCAAACCGUUGUGCAGUGCCAUGUGUCCCCUGGGGUGACAUGGGACCACAGCCCCUGCUGAGGAUCCAUUCCUGCACUUAUUCCCUGCCCUGGGUUCUGUUACUGUUGGAAUCCCUGGGACUUUGGGAAGUGGAGCAGAUCCUGGCUUACACCCAUGAGCAUCAGCCUAAUUAAGGAGGUGCAGCAGAUGGCACUGGCAGGGCUAAUUAGCCACCCCUAGGCAGGGUCCUUACCCAGGCCUUGUCUCAGGUGCCAGCUCCAUCCCACGGGAACAGCCAGAGCCCCACGAAGGCUGGAGGGAACUUCCUCCUAAAAUAAAGACAUUUUACAGAUGCUC